CUUUGGCUUUUGUCGUCAGCUGUCACUGCUCACAUCGCGAGCGCGACCAUAUACACACACAUCUCUCCUGCUCUCUCUUUCCUUCUCCCUUUCCGCUCCAGUUUGACGAGUCGUCGGCGCUAGCAAGAUCAUUCACUCCGCCCCUCUCCGCCGACCCAUUUCUAACAAGCAACAGCUGCGGCGUAACAUAUAUACACAGUGUAUGCACACCUGCAGGCAGCAUAUGGCCGGGUGCAAGCAGGACGACGACGCCGUCGGCCGUUCUCCUUCGUCGUCGUUCAUGGACAGCAGCAGCAGCACCCACCCGCCGGCGCUAUCCGCCGCGUCGUCGUCGGGCUUCCGGCCGACGACGACGGAGAGGAGGGACGACCUUAGCACCGACCUUCAGCUAGGGCUCUGCAGCCUGUCGCCGGCGGCGUCCUCCGCCCUCUUGGUGGUAGCGGAGAGCAAGAGCGUCCUUUCCACGCCAAGCAGGACCACCCAAGACUGGCCCCCGAUCAAACCAUUCCUGAGAAGCGCCUUGACAGCCUCGGCACGCCGACGCCGGACACUGUUGGUGAAGGUGUACAUGGAAGGCGUUGCGAUCGGCCGGAAGCUGGACUUGCUCUUGCUGGAUGGGUACGACAGCCUCCUAGCGAAGCUCCGCCACAUGUUCAAGGCCUCCAUCACCUUUGCUGAUGCUAUGGAGUACCAUCAACGAGUUCCUCACGAGAAGCCUGCACAUGUUCUCACCUAUGAAGACCGGGAUGGAGACUGGAUGAUGGUUGGGGAUGUACCGUGGGAGUAUGUUUCUCCUCCUCCUCCGCUUCAUCAAUCAUUAUUCACCUGUGCAUUUCAUUUACAAGAAACUAGGAUUUGUUCUGGCAGGCUCUUCCUUGGAAGUGUGAAGAAACUGAGGAUUUGCAAGAACAGAUAAAUGCUAGUUUCACUGCUGGGAUCCUCAUGAACCUUCAGUAUGCAAAAACUCCUAUAGACUUUAUUGCCUUAUAACUGUAUGCUUAUAAAACGGACAGCGAGCUUUUCUAUUUGACAAAUGCAUCCAUCAUCGUUGAGACAAUAGAAACCUCAAGUAUUCAUAAGGUACAGAUUUGGUUCUCAAUUGUUGAUUGAGCUGCAUCCCUUUUCCUUAACUCCUGAAACAUCAGCCAUCUCCACACCUCCUUUGCCUCCUCCAAUCUUCUUCCAUGUGAUGCAUAGACAUUAGCAAGCAGGAUAUAGUUCCUGGUAUUACCUAGCUCAAUCAUAAACAGCUUCUCCUUACCCAUCUCAAGGUCGUCCCUGCAGUUUAUGCAGGUCGAAUGCAGUGCCCCAAGGAUUGAUGAAUCUGGUUUAGGUCCCAUCUGAUUUGUGAAUCGCUUCACCUUAGUUAGAAGGCCUGCUCACCGAAACAUGUCAACAAUGCACGCACAAUGCUCAUUCCAUGGUGUGUGAUCUUAUGAACUUGUGUAAUUGAAUUGAAGUGCAUACCCUUAUAUUUAGAUCUUUACUUGUCCUAUAUAUAGUAGGUUAAUCUUCCCAAUCAAAGUAAUAUGUUUAUAAUUAUAAAUUGAACAGGAUAUAAUCUCUAAUUAAGAUGAUCUUUAAUGCAUACCUUACAUGAUUUAUGAAUCAACUAAUAAUCUAGUCUUUCAUAAUUAGCACCUAAAACUUCAAAGAACCAUAUAUUCUCAACCACAACUCCGAUUCUAGUGAUUCUUGACUACAGUUUCGUAACAAUGCGUAGAAUUUUACGAUUGCAUUUGCUCUCAUGUUUGGUGUGAUGUUAAUUUAUGUCCCCAUAUUGUUGUUUGUAUUAUUGCGAGUAGACGAGCAAAUGACCGAGUUUUGAUGGGACCUAAUAGGUUACCCUAGUUUUGUUUAUCCCACUCCUUACAUGCAAAUGAAUUAUUGGUUAGUUUGGCUAUGCUCAACCUGGUUUUGGGACAUAAUACAAUAUGACAUAUGAUCAUGCUUUAUUAUUACUGCUAGAUUAUUUAUUGUUUAUGAUAAGAUUAUUGUGUUAAUUAGAACAUGGAGAACCAUCCGGCAAAACAGUGCUACACAAGUGUGGUAUGGGACGCCCUUGGCUAAGUAAUUAUGAAAGCUAGAGAGAUAUUACCUUACCCGAUAGGAGCAAGCGGGGAGUGCGUCGCUGUAGAGUAUACGGAGGUCCUCGGAUCGGACUGUCUGUAAAGCUUUUCGGACGAGGGAUUCCUACGCUUCCUUCUUCCUGAAUUCGUAGUAGGUUUCUCAAACUAGUGGAACUUUGAAAAUGUCUCGUAAUGCUACCCUGUCUCGUCUCCUCGAUAGAGAUGAAUGAGAAUUCUAGUCCCCUUGGCAAAUGGGUAACACGGCUUGUGGGUAAAGAUGCAUAACCUCUACAGAGUCUAAAAUUGGUAUAUCA